CAGAGCAUCAGAUUGAAGGCUAAUGUUAACGUUCUCUCUCUCAGUGUUGGACGUCUGGUAGACAUGAGUAGAGCAUCUGGCAUCCAGAGCACUCAGAGUCCUGUGAAGCAUUGUGGGAGAUGUAGUGCUGCCCUGUCCUCCCUGAGCUCUGUACAAAGCACACAGGACACUGCCGUGUGGCAGUGUGAGUUCUGUGGUCUCCAGAACAACUUGUCUACCCCAGACCUGAGAGUUGGUUCCAAGGUGGGCCCGAAGGUUAGAGGAGCUCCUAGAGGGAGAGAUGUGAUCUACCUCCCCCGUCAGACUGACCAGGACUACGAGAACCUGGAGGAUGUCAUGGUGGUCUUCUGUGUUGACAUAUCUGGGAGCAUGAGCACCACCUCUGAGGUCUCCCCAGGGAAUGCUAUGAGGUCACCAACCUAUGUCUCCAGACUACAGAGUAUUCAGGAUGCCCUCCAGAGGGCGCUGUCCUCUAUGCUGCAGACCUCACCUCACCGCAGAGUCGCCAUGGUUACCUUCAAUGACCAGGUAGUAGUGUAUGGUGAUGGUUCAGGUGUACCAGUCUCUCUGAGGGACUGGGCUCUAGUUGAUUCUGACUACCUGAGACAACAGGGUCAACAGUACAACACUCCACACUGUAUAGCUGAGAGCUACCAACACCUCUCACUGAGAGUCAAAGAGCUGAGGGAGCAUGGAGCUACAGCGCUGGGUCCUGCUGCCUUGGUCUCCGUUGCCAUGGCGUCUCGAUACGUGGGGUCAAAGGUGAUCCUGUGUACAGACGGGCGAGCUAACAUCGGAUUGGGUCUAAUGGAGGAGAGUCCCGCCCCUUUCUCCUCCCCCCAGUCACCUUACUUCUACAGACAGCUAGCCCACGAGGCAGCUAACAGUGGUGUGAUAGUUUCGGUGAUGACCUUUGAGGGAACAGACUGCAGGUUGGCUGAGGUGGGACUACUGGCAGACCAGACUGGAGGCAGGGUGAAUAUAGUAAGCAUCGGUACCGUAGCAACAGAGAUCCAGUCAGCUCUGGCCGACAACAUCCUAGCAACGGGUGUCAUGGCAACGCUACUAGCAGCUGACGGCGUGUAUUUCCCCUAUGAGGAGGAGUGUAACCACCGUCUAGUAAGGGAGAUAGGGAACGUAACAGAAGCAGUAGAAAUCACCUUUCAGUUCGCCUGCAAGCCUGACAGCGUAGAGGAUAUCAUGCGUAGAGCCAGAUUACCGUUCCAGCUACAGCUGUCCUUCACCACCAGAGAUCAACAGAAAGUAACACGCAUCAUUACUGAACAGAGACGGGUUACAACCAGCAGCUGGGUGUGGGCAGGCAGUCUGAACAUGUCAGUGUUAUCGGUCCACUGUGCCCAGCUGUGUGCCAGGUUAACUAUGGAGGGAAGAGUCCAUGAGGCACAGAGACAACUCAGAGCACAGCAGAACUUGCUCAAAGACAUCAGUGAGCAGAGGCCCAAUCCAAAGGAGGAAAGUAUCUAUGGCAACUGGAUCAGUACCAUGACAACCAUAUGCGAUGACCUCAUUACAGACUCCCAAGGCAACAGCAAGAUCAACGACCUACAGGCCUCCAAGUCUAUUCCUGUGAACGCCCUCUCUGAUGAGGCAGCCAAGGUGGUGUACCAGAUGAAGAGGGCCAGCAGUGUGGACCAGAGCAAGGGGAAACAGACAGACAUGGUGGCUCUGUGAGGAGCCGGACCACAGCAGUCACAGGUGGCAAAAUCGGCAGACAUCUUGGAUCCACAGGAGCCAGCUGCAGCAUCAACAUUUGCCAAAACUGGCAGCCAUGUUAGAGACUGGACACUCACUCAAACAACUCCAAGUGUACUACCUAAAUAUUAA